AUGGAGAGACGUCGUUCCACUCCGCGCAAUUCUCGGCCUCCCCGCGGGCCCUCUAAUGGUGCUUCUCGUCCUAGUCGGCCUCUCCCUGCUUCUCACACAUCCAUUGCCCCACAUCCCGUUCCACCACCUUCGCAUCAGUCUGGCCACCGAGUGGGUCCAGGAAACUUCAUAUCUGCUGUCUCCGCUUCUCCUUCCUUCUCGAAAUCAUCUCCUUCCGUCCCGAUAGCCUGCUACGAUACUGGUCCCCGGGCAUUCUCCGGUUUUGCUGACACGGCUGCCACGGGCAGCCGAAGCCAUCAGCUUACUAAUAAGACUGAUUCGGCAUCAGCCAUAUCGGCGGCUGUUGGAGCGGUCCCUAGCCGAUUCGCGGGGUUUUCCUCACGUCGUUUCCAUGUUUCUCCUCAGCGACCGAAUUUUGGUCUUGAUCUUGAGGAGCUUGGGUCUGGCCGUCGCAGCCGCGGCAGCCCAGGGGCCCAUCGGCGACCUUUGAUAACUUCUGUUCAAGGAGGAGAUAUUGGGCAUGAGGAUUACUUCAAAUAUGAAAGUCUUACUGCGGCAGAACGUGGCUAUGAGUCAGCCAACAUGCUGGUUAGCCUAAUCUCCUUUUACAGUUCACAAAAGUACCUUGUAUAUAAUUAA